AUGCUUUCACGUUAUGUGCCCAAACUUUACGCUUAUGCUAGUAAUAAUGCUGGGACAAUAAACGCUUUUAGUGAGAAAUUAGAAAAAUUAGUUGGCGUUUGGGAAGGACAUAAAUACUUUGAUGAUAGUUGUUUCAAGCAAUUACGAAAUCCUGUCGCUGUUAUAGCCACUGAACAGGCAACUGUAGCUGCAUAUCAAUCACAAUUGGCAAUUGAAGUGGAUAAAGAAAUUGGUGAAACACUUGGGAGUUAUGCAAAACAACAUAAAGAAUAUGAGCAACAUGUUUUGACAAAAAUUGCAACAAUGGAAACACAAAUGAGGGAGAUUAAAGAUAGAAUAGAAGCUGAAAAUAUAAGGCAAAAGGAAGAAGAAUAUGGCACGGAAAGAAGACGUUCUCGCUUUGAUCAACAACAACCUAAUAAAAUCCCUUCAUUAUUUGAAUCUACCAAUUCACCAUCUAAAAAACCAUUGGGAAUACCUUUGCCAAAAGGGGGACCUCCUCCUCCAAUGUCUGGUGGAUCAAAUUUUCCACCACCUCGUUCACAGCCUCCACCGCCUCCGCAACCUCCAGCUUUGGAUUUGACGCCAAAAGUGCCAUACUAUGAAUUACCUGCUGGAAUGAUUGUUCCACUCGUUAAAAUGGAGGAUGUUACGUAUAACCCGCUAAAAGAGAAGGAUUUGCGUCUUCCUCACCCCGACCCUCCCAGCGAUAGUUUACUUCGAGAAAUUGACCGUUUCUACAACGCCCUGCAAUUUCCUCCACCAAUUGAUUGUAUUAGAGAUAAUGAGGGUUGGGAGAUGAAUGGACUUGUUGAGCAUUAUGUAAAGAAGGAAGAUCAUAAAAAGAAACUUGAGCUUAAAAUGAAGGAAGAGGGAAAAACUUUGGAAGAUGCUUUUACCAACAAAUACAUUCCGCCUAAAACGCCUCCAAAAUCCUCGAAAUCUCCGCCAAGACAUGAAAAAAAUAAUGGAAGAUCUAAUAGAAGUCGAAGGAGAACCCGUUCUAGAAGCCGAAGUUCGUCUUCAUCAUCAAGUAGUAGCAGUGGCAGUAGAAGUUCAUCUUCAAGUUCAAGCAGUAGCCGUAGCCCUUCUCCUAGAAGAAGAAGAAAAUCGAGAAGUGCAAGUCCUGUUAUAAAAAGAAUUAAGCGUUCUCGCAGUCCAACACCAGACGAAAGACCGACGUUUGCAGUGCCAGUUGGACCAGCCCCACGUACUUCAAUUUCCUUCAAAAUCCCUCCUCAACCUAUAAAUCGUGAAACAAAUAAAGGCGCUCAAUUAAUGGCAAAAAUGGGAUGGGAAGGUAAAGGGCUUGGGACUAAAGAACAGGGAAUUGAGGAGCCAGUAAGUGGAGGAGAAGUAAGAGAAAAAACGGAGCAAUUUAGAGGGCUUGGAUCAAAACCUGACAUUUAUGAGCAAUAUCGAAAACAAAUGAGUACACAAAUGGCAAGAAGAAUACACAAAUUGAAUUAG